GAGAAUACCCUUUGUGAUUUUCCAUGUUAAACGCUGUACGUACUAUACUGAGAAGCAGGAAUUUUAAAAUGUUUGAAAGAUUGAAAUCGUACCCUUCACAAUAACCCCCCGGACCAUACACGGUUACGAAUAAUAGAUUGGUCUCAUUCAGCGUACGACAUAUGCCUUGGAUCAAAUGUGACCGGCAGACCGCUCAUGCAUAUCGACUUAUUCAUUAAAACCAGCCUUGCACUCUUUGCAGUCACGCAACAGUUACACGGUACUGUGUAGUGCUGUAUCAAGUCUAGUUGAGGACGGAAGGGUUUCGAAGUAGCUCUCAAUCCUCGCAAAGUUUUCUCUCUAAGACGAGAUGGAUUCACACCGAAGUCAAGACGAAGAAAGACAGAUAGAAGAGGUCGUAUUCUUCGUGGCAGACGGGUCCUUUCUUGAAGACGAUAGCCAGCUACGAAGGCGAUUUCUGUGCCUGGUGAAAGAGGGCGAUUUUGUGGGGGUGGAAGAGAUGGUGAAGAAAGAUCUUCGUGAUGUGUCCCUUAUCGUGAACUGUCGGGACGCGCGUGGACGUUCUGCGGUAGAACUGGCGACGAUUCGCGGUGACCAAAAGAUGGUGGAGACCCUACUGAAACACGGGGCGGACGUAGGGGACUCUCUGCUGUACGCUGUCGACUUGGAAAAGGAAGACGUCGUGACAACGUUGCUGAGUCAUACACCGACAGAAAGUCGCGAAUACAGUACUGAAAAGGACACAACCAAGGAAUCACUCUUCCCCUCGCACGUCACACCACUCCACCUAGCGGCGCAUCGCAACAACUACAGCCUCCUAAAACUCCUGCUGGAGGGAGAAUUUCCUCGUCUAAGUAUCGGUUACAUCAGCGGUUCCACAGACCCGAGAGUCGUGCUUGACUACUACCGCGCCGUCACCAGUCCUUCUUACAUUCUUCUCACCAGCCAAGACCCCUUUCAGACAGCUAUCAAGGUCAAAAAGGAGCUCAACAAAGUCACCUCUUGCUUGGAAACUGGGAGGAAGGAGCUUCAAGAACUUUCUGACCGGCUUGAAGAGUUUGCUGCAGAGCUGAUCAGUUUCGCUAGGUGUCGUGAGGAGGUCAUGACCGUUCUGAAUGCUGGCGACAACAUGGAUGACAUCCGAGGAGUGCGAAUGCGUCAACUACAGAAGGCCAUUGAAGUUGGACAUAAGAAGUUCGUGGCUCACGACAAGUGUCAGGAGUUACUGAACCUACAGUUCUACCGGCCCCAUCACAGCCUCCUGUUCAGCCCACAGUGGAUCAAGUUCCUGGCCAUAUGGUUACCCACCCUCCUGACUCCUGUACUGGCAAUCCUGUACAUGUUCCUCCCGAAGACAAGACUGGGAGAGGAUAUCGCCUCGCCUUUUGUCAAAUUCAGCAUGAAGCUCUGGUCUUGGCUCCUGUUCUUGGUGGUGAUAAUAUUGCUGAACGGCGACAUGGAAGGAGCUGGGGCGUAUGUGACGAUAGGAAUUUAUUACUCCUUGGUGCUAGGUAUGUUUUGGGAGGAGAUCAAGAAAAUUUGGACCUGUUCAGUUGACGCCUGGAACAAGUGGGACCUACUGACUCUGCUGUGUCACAUGACAGCUGUGGGCUGCUUCACAGGCGGCCUUGUUUCUAUUCAAAGGGACCCGAGUUUCUUGUUCUUCGCAGGGGAGUGGAACCCGUUCUUCAUCGGAAGCUAUCUGUUGGCGAUAGCGGUGAUCCUCAGCUUCGCCCGGUACACCAGCAUGCUCAUGUUCUCGGAGACUAUCGGUCCGCUACUGCUGUCGCUGUACAAGAUGGUCGGCGACAUCUUCAAGUUCAUCGUCGUGUUUGCCAUCAUCAUCAUGGGCUUUGCCUGCGCUCUACAACGCCUGUAUAGCUCAGCUAAGCCGGAUUCAGAUUGUCUCUUGAAAUUUUACCAAGCACUCCUACAGCAACGUGAAGCUAACAACACCGAUGUCAAGUUAACUAAAGAUGACUUCUGCUACUAUGGAGACUUUUCACAUUUGCACCUGACCAUUUUCUACCUGUUCUGGACGCUGUACGGGAAGUUUGAGUUCACCGACCUGGACGUGACGUCACCGAACGCCGUACAGUUCCCCGUGGUCUCCACCUGGCUGAGCAGAGUCCUGUUUGUCGUCUACAUCACAACCUCCAUCAUCAUCAUGUUAAACAUGCUCAUCGCCAUGAUGAGUGACUCAUUCGCCCUUCUGCAGUCCGAUGCUGAAGUGGAGUGGCGUUUUGCCCGUUCCCGUGAGAUGCUGAAGUACAUCCCGGUGGGACGCACCCUGCCGCCGCCCUUCAACCUCAUCCCCACCCCCAAGUCCGUCUGGGCCUGCCUGACACGGGUCGGUCUGAUCUGCCGCAGUCAAAACACUACAAAGGAAGACGAAAUCGCCUUGAAGAUGGCAUUGGACAAGUAUAAGGUGACCAUAGGUCGGCUCACCACACGAUACCUUCUGGCGUACAGUCUUCAACGAGAUCAAACCAUGGGUAACUAGUGUUGAACACACCUGGCCGUGAUUGGCUGUAGCGCCUGCGAUACUGACUUCAUUUGCAUGUUCGUGACACUGAAAUGGUAC